UUUCCCGGUGCUUAUUCGUACCAAGUUUUCCGCAAAUCAUGAAUCUGACGAAGAAAAUGCCGAAGAAGAACGGCGAUGUUGCUCGGAGAGCAUGGGGUCUGCUGCGUCUAACUUUAUUAUGGACACGAAAAGGCGGGGUGUUCAAGCGGCGCCUCAUGAUGGAGCUCCGAUUAGUUCCGAAGUUUCUAAAGGGUCUUGGACGCUCAACGACGGUUCAUACGCGCGGUGUUGACCGACAGCUCCGUUACAAGAAACGCCAGUUUUCUUUCGACGAGACGCCCAUUAUCGACGUCAAGGCCGUGCACCGCUCUUCUUCGAUGCGGUUUCUCCUUCCUUGCAUUAGCGCCGAGGCCGUAGACUUUGAACGAUUCGAUGAUCUGGGUAUCGAGAGUUACUCGACGUGCUCUGAUAUUGUUGAAGACGAAGAAGAACAAGGAGAAGAGGAAGAGUGGGGAUAUGAAGGUUGUGAUGAGAAAUGUCCGUGUCCGUAUACAUUUCCGGUGGAGGAAGAAGGGAUCGAUUCGAAGGCGGAGAGGUUUAUAGCUAAGUUUUAUGAGCAAUUGAAGUUACAAAGUCGACAAAUUUCUGAUUUGGAAGAUAAUGAAAUGCUUAGGAGAGGAGCAAGUUAUUAAAUUUUUCUUUUUUGGCAAGAGAUCCCACGGUGCUCGUGAGGCUUUUUGUU